AUGAAAUCUCUAAUUCUACUCCUGUUUCUCGGAGCGGUAGUCUUUACCUUGGCUGAGGAGCCAGUUGAGGAUGAGGCAGUCCAGGAGUACUUAGAUGAAGAGGAGGAUGAAACCAUAACCGAGCUUGCUGAUGAAGAUGAUGAAGAGAAUGACCCCCGUCGUCCUCCAAGGCCAAGUCCUUCAAGAAAGCUGGUAUCAGAUCUCCUCCCUUGUCUCCAUUUUUAAACAGACUACUGGCAUGUGGAGAAUUAACUUAAUAAUUUGUUUAAGAUUACUUUUAACGCCCUUACAAAAUAGGUUCUCUCUGUGGAGAAUGACCCCCGUCGUCGUCCAAGACCAAGUCGCCGUCCUUCAAGAAAGCUGGUAAGAUAGGUUCUCUGUGUGGAGUCCUCGGGAGUGCAUCGAGAUAAUCGCGCUCGCUCAACCAGGAAAUUGCGUAUUUUAUUUAGUUAAUAUCUUAGCGCGAUAACCGUUCUGUUAAAAACGUAGCCGUCGCUUAUUUCUGACGAUUGGUAUCAAGUGAUAAAGAGUAGCAUCACUGAUUAAUAAAAUCCUAGCAAACGGUGUUUUAAUAUAAACAGUAACGUACCAUUGAGCUAUUGUUGUAAAACUCACAUAUUUUACUUCUUUUCUCUUAAAAAGUGUAAAAGAGUUAUUAAGCGUUGCUUGAGGAGGCCCACCCGUACGCCACGAAGCCGCCGUCCACGUCCCACAGGAUCCAUCGGGGUAAGAUCUUUCUUGUGUUCAUUUUCAACACUUGGACUGCUCGGAUGUGGAGACGUAUUUUUGCAGCAAACGCAAAGCAGUUUGAUGUAGUUAGCUUACAUGCAUUUUUUUUUUUAAUGCGACUAUUAGAUGUAUGUUUUUAUGGUUUCCCGGCGAGCUCUUUAGUUUAUACGUUUUUCAGCCGCGGUAGUUUUACCCGUAUGUCAACAAAACAGUCAUUUUCUUUUUUCAAUGAUGAUUGGCGUCAAAUGACAAAGAGACGCAACUUCAAUCAAUGAAAAUCCUGGCAUGUGAUAAGAAAUAGAAAUUAAAAUAGUUUUUGAAGUAUCGCGCCCGGCGAAGUAUUAAAAAAUUCACACAGUUUAUUUCUUUUUCACGCAGAAACUUUGCAAAAGACUGUUGAAGUAUUGCCUGAAGCACCGGCCAACUAGACGUCCUGGGGCUUAACUUGUGAUUGAAAGCCCAACGGUAUUAUGGAAAGCUCACGUGUCCCGUUAAGAGCAAACUGCAUGUAACGAAAUUAAAUGUAGUUGCCAAGUUAGGUUGUUGAUUGAAUAAAGCAUUGGAAAGG